AUGGGUUGGUUAGCGCCCUUAGUAAAAGUUGGAGUAGAAGCGAUUAGUUUUGUAUGGAGACAGGUGACUUACAUCGUCCGUUAUAAGCAAAGUGUUCAUGAACUGAAGGAUAGUAUUAAGGAUCUUGAAAAUGAAAAAGAUAAGAUAGAUCAUCAAUGUGAUGAGGCUGAUAAAAAUCUAAAAAACAUUGAAGGUAAGGUUACUGAAUGGAAUCGAAAAGUGAGUGAAAUUAAUAUUACAGUUGAGGAGUUUGAGAACGAUGAUGGUCAUGAAAAAGCUCAAUCACUCAAUUGUUAUGUUUUUCCAUACUUGUGGAAUAGACACAGGUUAGGAAGAAAAGCAAAGAAGAUGGAAGUGGGUGUUAAAAAGCUAAUUAAUGAGUCUCCUGGGUUAGAUGAAAUUUCCUAUAAGGAAAAUGUAACAUCUAAUGAUGCCACAUUGUCUAAUUCUGGCUUUGAAGAAUUUGGCUCUACAAAAUCCACAAUGGAAAAAGUAAUGAGAGAACUUGAAAAUUCAAGUGUGAGAAUGAUUGGAUUGUAUGGGGAAGGUGGUGUCGGUAAGAGCGCUUUAAUCAAAGAAAUUGCAAGGAUAGCUAGAGACAAGAAGUUGUUUAAUGUGGUGGUUAAAGUAGAAAUAACAGACAAUCCCAAUCUGCAAAGCAUCCAGGAAGAAAUUGCUUACGUGUUUGGAUUGCAAUUGGAAGGGGAAGGUGAAAAUGUGAGAGCUGAUUGUCUACGAAGGAGGUUAAAGAAAGAAACCGGAAACACCCUUUUAAUCUUGGAUGACCUUUGGCAUAAACUAGAUUUGAACAAGCUAGGGAUUGCCCUUGAUGAUAAUGAUGACAAUGAUGAUUUAAGUAAUGAUACGAGGGAUCUUGAUGAUAAAUUCCGAGAAAAAGAUAAAAAUAACAAGGAUCUUAAUCAGAAAGUGUUGAAAAGAGAAAAAAUCAUUGGUGGUCACAAGCGAUGCAAAAUUUUGCUAACUGCACGUCAAAAAAGAGUAUUGGAAGUUGAAAUGGAUGUAAAAUCGACUUUCCGUGUAGAGCCAUUAGAUGACAAGGAUGCUUUGAUGUUUUUUCAGAAGUUGUCUGGAAUACAUAAUAUGUCAGACUCUAGAAAAGAAAUUGUGAGGAAGUAUUGUGCAGGGUUACCGAUGGCAAUAAUUACAGUUGCAAAGGCAUUAAGAGGUAAGAGCGAGUUAGUAUGGGAAGUAGCACUUGAAAAGCUUGAAAAGCAGGAAUUGGUGGGAGUUCAAACAUAUAUGGACAUUUCAGUGAAGAUGAGUUAUGACCAUCUAGAAAAUGAGGAGAUCAAAUCCAUUUUCUUGCUUUGUGCUCAAAUGGGUCAUCAACCACUGAUUAUGGACUUGGUGAAGUGUUGUUAUGGUUUGGGUAUACUUGAAGGGGUCUUCUCACUUUGGGAAGCUCGAGACAAAAUCAAGAUAACAAUCCAAAAGCUAAAAGACUCGGGCUUACUAUUGGAUGGAAAUUCUGAUACUCAUUUCAAUAUGCAUGAUAUAGUUCGAGAUGCUGCUUUGUCUAUAGCAAAGAAGGAAAAAAAUGUUUUUACUCUAAGAAAUCGAAAACUAGAUGAGUGGCCUGAACUCGAGAAAUGCACUUCUAUUUCUAUAUGCAAUUGUGAUAUAAUUGACGAGCUUCCUAUAGUCAAUUGUUCUCGACUGAAUUUUUUUCAAAUAGACACUAAUAAUCAAUCUUUGACAAUACCUGAGAAGUUUUUUGAAGGAAUGAAAAAUCUCAAAGUUUUAAUAUUGACUGGUUUUCAUCUAAAAAGAUUUCCACCUUCGAUCAAAGGCUUAUUAAAGCUCAGAAUGCUUUGUUUGGAGCUGUGCACUUUAGAGGACAACAUAGCCAUAGGAGAGCUAAAAAAGUUGAGAAUUCUUAGCUUCUCUGGAUCCCAACUUAAAAGUUUGCCAACUGAGUUGGGGUGCUUGAAUAAGUUGCAACUGUUAGACAUCAAUGAUUGUUCUAUACUGGAGCUUAACAUUCCACCUAAUAUUCUAUCAAGUUUGAAACAUUUAGAAGAGUUGUACAUAAGGAAAAGCUUGACCAAAAUGUUGGUGGAAGGAGAGUCAAGCUAUGGUCAAAAUUCGGUUCUUUGUGAGCUAAAGAAUUUGCAUCAGCUAAAAGUUGUGGACUUAAGCAUCCCAUGUUUUUCAAUUUUGCCUAAUCACUUGUUCUUUGCCAAGUUAAAACAUUACAAAAUUGUGGUUGGAGACGUAGAAAUGUUUUCUAUUAUAGGCUUUAAGAUGUUUGAUAAGCACGAAACGUUCAGAGUUUUGGCAUUGCAACUGAAUCAUGACACUAAUAUUCACUCCCAAGAAGACAUAAACUUGUUGUUUAAAACAGCACAAAGUUUGUUACUGGGAAAGGUAGAGGUUGUUAAAGUUGUUAAUGAAUUGAAUAUAGAUGGAUUUCCAGAUCUGAAACACUUAUCCAUCAUUGAUAGCAGUGCUAUCAAAUAUGUCAAUUCAAUGAAAUUGUCUAAUUGUAUAAAUGUUUUUCCCAAUUUGGAAUCUCUGUGUCUUUACAAUCUGAAGAACUUGGAGAUGAUAUCUUAUGGUCCACUUACAGUUGCGUCAUUCACCAAAUUAAAGUCCAUCAAGGUGAAUAUGUGUGACCGAUUGGUGACUCUCUACUCUGUUUACAUGGUGGAAUUUGCUGAUAGUGAAGAACCAUGUGAGAAUAUUGAAUGUAAUUUUUACUCGGAUAAAUUUUGUGCUAGCCUAGAAACAAUCGAGAUUUCUGAAUGUGAAUCUUUAAAGGAAAUUCUUCAAAUACCAAUGAAUUGUGAUAAGGUUAAGUUUCCAAAGUUGCAGACUUUGACAUUUCAAUCAUUACCAUCAUUUACAUGUUUUGAUACCGAAGUGGAGGAGUCUCGCUGGCCACAUCCGACAAAUCCUCAAGCUAAAAAUAGUGGUAGCGAAGAAGAUCCGAAAAGUGACAAGGCACCUCCACUUUUUGGUGAACAAGUUGAAAUUCCAAACUUAGAGAGCUUGAAUUUAAGCUCACUCAACAUCCAUAAGAUAUGGAGCGAUCAACUCACGUCAAGUUUCUACUUUCAAAACCUGAUAAAAUUAGUUGUGAAAGAGUGUGAUAAAUUGACAUACUUAUGUUCGUUGUCUGUGGCUAGCAAUUUAAAGAAACUGAAAAGCCUUAUCAUAAGUGAUUGUCCAAUUAUGGAGAAGAUUUUUGAGACAAAAGAAAACAAUGCAGAAAAGGUCUGCGUCUUCCCUAAGUUGGAGGAAAUCCAGCUUAGCAAAAUGAGGAGAUUAAGAGAUAUAUGGCAUACUAAAGUGAACAUUGAUUCUUUUUCUAGUCUCAUUUCGGUGAACAUUGAAGAGUGCAAUAAACUAGACAUGAUUUUUCCAAGUAACAUGGAAGGAUGGUUUGAAAGUUUGAUUAACUUGAAAAUUUCUAAGUGCAAGUCUGUGAAAGAGAUUUUUGAAGUUAAUGAUUCUGAAGAAAUAGAUGUAUCUGGUGGGAUAGAAACAAAUCUGCAGGUUAUUCUUCUUGAAGACCUCCCGAAGUUGAAGGAAUUGUGGAGCAAAGAUCCACAUGGAAUUGUCAAUUUUAAAAAACUUAGGACUAUAGACGUAAGUAAUUGUGAUGAAUUGAGGAAUUUGUUUCCAGCUUCUAUGACAAAAGAUAUAUCAAAGCUUGAACGUUUAUCAAUAUGGAAAUGUAAGAGGAUGGUGGAAAUUGUUUCAAGUAAAGAUGCAUCAGAAGCUAACAAUGAUCCAUUAGAGUUUCCUGAACUAACCUAUGUGAGAUUGCAUUCACUACCAAAUAUCAAACAUUUAUGCAAGGGGAGACAUCCGAUAAAGUGUCCAAAAUUGAACGAGUUAACUGUGAAUCACUGUUUGAAGCUUAAAACAUUUUCCAAAGGAAUCAAUAAGACAUCAAAGGAAGAAGAAAGUUUUGUUUUCUCAACUCAAAAGGUAUUGUCCAAAUUGGAGUACAUGGAAAUUGACUUCAAGGAAGCACAAAACUUGUUACCUGAGUACCCAAUGCACUAUCUAAAAGAACUUAGUCUGAUUUCUGUAGAAAGUGUUGAUUUUCUUAACCAGUUUCCGUACAGAAUGCCAAAUCUUGAAAAGCUAAAGUUCACUUCCUCUUAUGAGUCCAAAGAGUUAGAGCCAGCAUCAGAAGAAAGAUUGAGAAUCACAUUAGAGCUCAAGGAAUUAGUUUUGCGGAAAUUAAGGAUAAAGGAUCUAACAGGAGUUUCAAUUGUACGAAAACUGGAGCUUUUAAGCUUAGUAUUUUGCGAAGAAUUGAACAACUUAGGUCCUUCAUCCGUGUCAUUCACUUGA